UCUACAAUAUCUCUUUCUUUCUCUUGCUCUUGGCUUCUUUAUAUUUUGAUAUUUUCUUUCCUUCAGUGGAGCUCAACUUUGUAGUAGCAGCCUCACUGAAAACAUUUACCUUUCCUUCUGAUAUUUUGGUAUUCUCAGAACAUCUUUUAUUGUUCUAGUUUCAGAAUUCAUCACACUCACACAUCAAAAUUCUGGCACACCACCAUCAUUUUCCUAAGAUUCUCUACUUAAAAGUGAUAGGAGAGUUUUUGUAUGCUUGUGGCUGUGGUUUAAGUUAUGGAUUUGGAAACCCUCUAUUCCCCUUGUUUCAUGCCAAAUUCAAAUUGGUUUGUCCAAGAGAGUGCUCACAGCACAGAAUGGAGUAGAGAAGAUAACAAGAGGUUUGAAAGUGCCCUUGCUAUAUAUGAUAAGGACACACCAGAUAGAUGGCUGAAUGUGGCUGCAAUGAUUCCUGGGAAGACUGUGCUUGAUGUGAUCAAGCAGUACAGGGAAUUGGAAGAAGAUGUAGGUGAAAUUGAAGCAGGGCAUGUUCCUGUUCCGGGGUAUCAUUCCUCUUCUUUUACCUUUGAAGUUGUUGAGAACCAGAACUUUGAUGGACUCAAAAGGAAGCCUGGAACAACUCUCAGGGGUUCUGAUCAUGAGAGGAAGAAAGGAGUUCCGUGGACCGAAGAAGAACACAAACGCUUCCUGAUGGGACUUCUAAAGUAUGGUAAAGGGGACUGGAGAAACAUCGCUCGCAAUUUUGUUAUGACAAAGACUCCCACACAAGUAGCUAGCCAUGCUCAGAAGUACUACAUAAGGCAAAAGGUUUCUGGAGGUAAAGAUAAGAGGAGACCAAGCAUCCAUGAUAUAACCACUGUUAAUCUUACAGAAACUAGUAUCACAUCAGAAAACAACAAGCCACUUUCAUUCAAAAGUACUAGUAACUACAACAGUGGCUCACUCAUGGUUUUCAACCCAAAUUGUGAUGACUUGUUGAUGAUGCCAUCUUCAUCUGAUAUCAUCACUUCCAAGACCCUUAAACUUCAAGGGCAGGAUCUUUAUGAUUGCUCUUUACAUGAGGCUUAUGCUAAGUCAAAAAUUCCUAGUUUCAGGGCAGCACCUAGAAACUUCAAUAAGGAAGCUGUUUUUGGUAUUCAUGUACUAUAAGAAUGCCAACUAUGACAAUGUUCAAAUUAAGGCAAACCAAUUCCACUGCAUAGAUUAUUGUUCUGUAGGAUUUUGAUAAUGUAGAUGAAAUGAAGCUACUUGUUUCAUGAACAUCCUGAAAGGAAAUGGCAAUAAAGUUUCAAUCCUUAAAACA